UUGGCAUUUUGUGGUAUAAAUGCUUUUAUGUCUAAAAUUUUCUUUCUUUUGCUCUGACAGAAGAAUAAUAUCUAGCUAGGGUAGGUUUAAGAUUCUUGGAUCUCAGUCCUUUGUAAAUAAUGUGUUGUUUGUGCCUGGAAGAUUUUUGGGUUUUCUUGUUAUCCUUUAAAUUCAAUGCCAAACCAAUUCCUCUGGGAACUGGAUUCCUCUGGGAGUCAAGGAUUAGGGGAAUUUCUGUGGAGAAGGAUCAAUGAGUUAAGGUCCAAUAGGAUUAGAUAAUCCAGGGCCUAUAGGUGUCAUUCAUUUGGGGGCAGUAAGUGACAAUUUUGAGGAAUCCUUGAAGAGAAAUAAUUGGAAAUAUAUGUGGGUAAGUGACUGGGACCUCUGUAGAAAUUCUUGAGGUUUUAUCUGAGUUGGAGAUGUAAGUUUCUGAGGUCAUUGAUUCGGUCCAUGAGAGUUUAUUGAUUGGGGGGGCACUGAGGUGGUGAAUGAUUGAUUGCAAGCCUGGAAUUCUCAAAGGAUUACAAGUCUUUGGGAAUCAGUUUUUGGGGUCCUGUAGGAAUCAUGGAUUGGGGCCUGUGGACACUGGUGAUUGCAGGACUAUGUGAACUGGAAUGUGAUAGGCUGGAAGGUCUGUUACUGAGGGAUUUAUGUGGGUCACUGACUCUGUUGAAGGUGUGUUGCCUGUGUUGUGAUUGUUUGAGGAGCCUGUGGAAACCAGUCAUGACAACACGUGGGACACAGUUUUUGUCAAGCAGUGUGGGCUAAUGAUUUAGGAGCCUAUGCAGAUCUGCUGGUUUUCAGGACCCAGAUGGGAAUUGCAGGGGAGAGGUGAGUUUAUGUUUUCACCUUUGACAGAAGAGAGCGGGCCCUAUAAGUUGCCCAGAGUGUAUACUGAAUUACACAGAAGCUCAGUUUCUGACUUUGGACACAGUUACCCCUCCGCCAGAGCACUUUGAAGGAAGCGGGAAACAUAAAUAAUGUUUAUUGUGUUUCUGCCAUGUAUAGAAUUGCAUAAGGCUCAGUAGUAAAGAAAAUGUGCUUUGGAGCCAGGUAUACCUGGAUUUGAAGCCCUGUCAUUCUUUCUAAUCUGAGUGAUUGGGGGACAAAUUUUUCAGUAUUUCUGAACAGCCCUAUCUGAUGGUAAAUGGGAACAACAAUAAUGAUAGUAAUUUCUAGUUCACAGGAUGACUGUGAGAACUAAAUGAAGUACCUAAUAAAGCAUACCUUGUACCUUGUAUUAUAGUAAUAGCAAUAUUUAAUAUUAGUUGAGUGUGCCCCAGGUGCCAGGCAGUUAUGAGUGCUUUAGAAGUAUCAUUUCAUUUAACUUUAACAAACCUAUGAGAUAGGUGUUUUCAUCCUGUUUGAAGAUGAAGAAAGAGCCAAAAGUGACUUCCCCAGAUUCCAGCUGGAAUAUAGAAGAGCUGGAAUUCAAACCCUCAUUCACUUUGCAGCAAAUCUCGUGAAUUUUCCCCAUAUUCCAUAUUAAUACUUGGCAUUGGUUUUGCUGAACUUUUCUCUUCCACAACAUCCAGCACAGCGAGCUGCCCCUUGGCACCCCCAGGAAGCGUUUGCGGGUGAAUGUGGAGUGACUAACCUUGUGGAUGCUGUCUUUCCAGGGUUUCUUGGAGCCUCUGCAGAGUCCGGGGGCCAGACCCCUUAGUGGGAACUGCAAGAUCUUCCUUCUGACCCCAGCUUGCUUCACCCCAGCAACUCUGGUUGAGUCCACAGAUGCCAGCCCAGCUUCAAGCUCCUGGGACGAGUGGAGCUGUCAGCAGGACAGCCUGAGGCCUGAGGCCCAGUGUGAACAUGGCAGCUAAUGGGGACGCUCCCCCGUGGUCCUCAGCCCUGGCUGCAGAGGGACACGGCAGCUCAUGUGAGGUACCAGUGUCAUUUGAGGAUGUGACUGUGGACUUCAGCAGGGAGGAGUGGCAACAAUUGGAGCCUGCUCAGAGACACCUAUACUGGGAUGUGACACUGGAGAACUACAGCCACCUGCUCUCAGUGGGGUACCGAGUUCCCAAGCCAGAGGCCAUCUUCCAGCUGGAGCAAGAGGAGGGGCUGUGGACAUUGGAGGCGGAAGCCCCACACCAGAGCAGUUCAGGUGAGGCUCUUGGGAAAACUCAACAACAAGGAAUUUCUGGAAAAGUUUCAUUCCACUGUGAGAGAUUUGAUCAACCCAUAGGAGAAGAUUCAUUGUGUACCAUUUUAGAAGACAUGUGGCAAGAUAACAACCAACUAGAGAGAUAUCAGGAAAACCGGAAUAACCCUUUAAGUUACAUGAAAGUGUUGAUUAAGGAGAAGGGCUAUGAAUUUAAAAACUUUGAAAAAAUAAUUCAUGUGACUACCAAGCUUGUUCCUUCAAUUAAAAAACUCCAUAACUGUGACACAUUUGGAAAGAAUUUGAAGCAUACGUUAAAGUUACAUAAUCGUAACAGAAACAAUACAACAAAGAGCCUUGGUAAAAUUUUUGAAAAUGGUAACAAUUUGGCCCAUAGCUCUUCCUCUACUAAGAAUGAGAAUAUUAAGACAGGAGUGAAUUCCUGUGAAUAUAAUCAAUGUGAGAAACAUCUUGGCCACAAACAAGCUCUCAUCCACCAUCAGAAAAUUCAUACUGAGGAGAAACUUCAUGUGUGUACUGAAUGUGUAAAGGGCUUCACCCAGAAGUCACAUCUCUUUGACCAUCAGAGAAUUCAUGCUGCAGAAAAAUCUCAUGAAUGUGACAAAAGUGACAAACUCUUCACUCAGAAGCCACAAAUUGGUGUACAUCAGAGUGUUUAUACAGGAGAGAGACCUUAUCUAUGUGCUCAGUGUGGGAAGGCCUUUACCCUCAAGUCAAACCUCAUUACACAUCAGAAAAUUCAUACUGGGCAGAAACCCUAUAAAUGCAGUGAAUGUGGAAAAGCCUUUUUCCAGAGAUCAGAUCUCUUUAGACAUCUGAGAAUUCAUACUGGAGAGAAACCUUAUGAAUGCAGUGAAUGUGGAAAAGGCUUCUCCCAGAAUUCAGACCUCAGUAUACAUCAGAAAACUCAUACCGGAGAGAAACACUAUGAAUGCAGUGAAUGUGGAAAAGCUUUCACAAGAAAAUCAGCACUCAGGAUGCAUCAGAGAAUUCACACAGGAGAGAAACCUUAUGUAUGCACUGAAUGUGGGAAGGCCUUCAUCCAGAAAUCACACUUCAAUACACAUCAGAGAAUUCACACCGGAGAAAAGCCUUACGAAUGCAGUGACUGUGGGAAAACAUUCACCAAGAAGUCACAACUCCAUGUGCAUCAAAGAAUUCACACAGGAGAAAAACCCUAUAUAUGUACAGAAUGCGGAAAGGUCUUCACUCAUAGGACAAAUCUCACUACACAUCAGAAAACUCAUACUGGGGAGAAACCUUAUAUGUGUGCUGAGUGUGGGAAGGCUUUUACUGAUCAGUCAAAUCUCAUUAAACACCAGAAAACUCAUACUGGAGAGAAGCCCUAUAAAUGCAAUGGCUGUGGAAAGGCCUUCAUAUGGAAGUCACGUCUCAAGAUACAUCAGAAAUCUCAUAUUGGAGAGCGACACUAUGAAUGCAAGGAAUGCGGAAAAGCCUUUAUCCAAAAGUCAACACUAAGUGUACAUCAGAGAAUCCAUACAGGAGAGAAACCCUACGUUUGUCCUGAAUGUGGGAAGGCCUUUAUCCAGAAAUCACACUUCAUUGCACAUCAUAGAAUUCAUACUGGAGAGAAGCCUUAUGAAUGCAACGACUGUGGUAAAUGCUUCACAAAGAAGUCACAACUCCGUGUGCAUCAGAAAAUCCACACAGGUGAGAAGCCCAAUAUAUGUGCUGAAUGUGGAAAGGCCUUCACUGACCGGUCAAAUCUCAUAACACACCAGAAAAUCCAUACUAGGGAGAAACCCUAUAAAUGCAGUGACUGUGGAAAAACCUUCACCUGGAAGUCACGCCUCAGUAUACAUCAGAAAUCCCAUACUGGAGAGAGGCACUAUGAAUGCAGUAAAUGCGGGAAAGCUUUCAUCCAGAAAGCAACGCUAAGUAUGCAUCAGAUAAUUCAUACAGGGAAGAAACCUUAUGCUUGUACAGAAUGUCAGAAGGCCUUCACCGACAGAUCGAAUCUCAUUAAACACCAGAAAACGCAUAGUGGAGAAAAACGCUAUAAAGCCAGUGACUGAAAAAGCCUUCACCUGGAAAUGACAACUAGGUUUGCAUCAGAUAUCUCCUAGUGGGGGAGAGGAAUGCCUGAUGCUGCAAUCAUUGUGCAGGGAGAAGUAGACAUGAGAGACUGGCUUGAGUGAACAGAAGACAAAAAGAGUGAAAUAUCCACCAGUUCACUGGAAAUAGAAGUUCCUGCAUCACCACAGUUGAUAUGCAAUUAUUUGCAUAGGGAGAUCCUUUAGAUAAAGCCUUGGAGCAGUAGUCAUGUUUGGUUACAUGAUCGAUACAGGGACUCUCAAGGUCCUGCAAAUGGUAGAAAUAAUGACCCGAGGAGAUGUCUUGUCAUCUCUUAUGUUUCACUUUUUGGAUAAAGGACUUUAUAAAUUUAGCAUUGAUUAGUUCAUCAUACUCUGGGACAUAAAAGUACUCAAUACUAGCCAAUUUGUUUCAAAUUUCUAGGUUGGGAAGAAGAGUUUUCAUUGUCCAAAAACUUUCAGGGUACUGACAUCAAGGCAAAAAAACCUAUUUGGGAAUGCAGAUCUAUGAGAAGAAGCUAGAAGUCUGUUAUGAUUGUCGUUUAAGACAUAGGAAAGAUUUCCAUGAAGAGCUGUUUUUUCUCUUCCCUUUGGGAAAUCACCAUGGUAUAUGUAUUUUAAGUGAAAUAUAAUAUUUAAACUUAAAGUUUGACUUUAUGAGUUGGAAAAUUAGGCACAGCUGUAGUCUAUGUUACAGGAAUAUGGUCACUGAAUGUUAUAGACAUCUAAAGAUGGCAGUUAUCUUCUUAUUAAUUCCCUGCUGUGGCAGCAGGUGAGUCACACCCUAUAAAAGGUAUGCAUGCCUUUUAACUUGGGCCCCCAAAACUAUCAUUUACAUAAGCUGCAGAACAUAGACUCCUUAUCCCCUUAGUAAUUGACCCUAAGACAAUGGAACUGAGCCAUUUUCAGUUUCUUCCACCAUUGCCUCUGCUUUCCUUUUGAUUCCUGUUUGAAAAAGAAUGGUUGAGAAAUUGGGUUUCAAUACAUAAAAUUUUGUUUGUCUUCCAAUUUGGUUAAGAUAUAUUUAUUUUCUGCAUGCACAUUAAGGGUAGUUUUGUGUAGAUUGCUAUGGGAUAAAGUCAUGUUGCACUACAGUUUGUUAUUCUAAGUUAUAAUUAUAGUUUAUUAUAGGUGAAUAGCUGGAGCACUUAUCUAGAAAGAGCACUGUUUUUUUAAUGCCAAUAUAUAGAGACUUUCUCAUUUUCCCUUAAAUAUUUUUAUAAUACUCAUAAAAAGGGCUUUCUUUCUAGCAUGCAAUUUUAUUUUAAAAUCUUUUUAUCAAACUAUAAUACAUACAGAAAAUGCAAUAUCGUAAGUAUACAACUCAAUGCAUUCUUAUAAACCGAACAUACUCAGAUCAAGAAACAAAACAUAACCAGCACCCCAGAAGCCUUCCCCACACUCCCUUCCAGGCUCCCUGCCAAGGGUAAACACUAUCCUGACUUCUAACAGCAUAGAUUCAUGUUGCCUGUUUUGUAUUUUAUACAAAUUGAGACACACAAUUAUAUUCCAUAUAAUUGAGUGAUAUGCUCAUUAGUAUCUACUAUCAUUCACAUUAUGAAUGUGACAUUCAUCCAUAUUGCAUAUAGUUGUAGAUAAUUCAUUCUCAUUGUCAUAUUGUAUCCCAUUGUGUGAAUAUGCUGAAAUAUAAUUUCUCCAUUCUACUGUUGCUAGACUUUUGGAUUGUUUGCAGCUUGGGGCUACUAGGAACAGUGCUAUCUAUUGAUGAACAUAUGUGUGCAUUUAUGUCAGGCAUAUACCUAGGAGUUGAACUCCCAGACCAUGGGGCAUCUGUAUAUUCAGCUAUACUUUAUAAAACCAGUUUUCCAAAGUCGCUGUACCAAUAUAUGCCCCCACCAACACAGUAUAAGAGUUCUAGGUGCUCCACAUCCUUGCCAACACUUGGUAUUUUCCAUCUUUUUUA